GCACGACAUACCGACGUCAGAAGAAGCGAGUCUCCUGCUUCGCUACCUCCCACAUGGCAUACCGGUAGCCCUGAGCCGCACCAGAUCCCCUCAGAAGAGCACGACGCCACGCUACAGAGAUGCAUCCCCACCUCGUUCAAGGCAAGCAAGCCCGCUGCGCCUCCCUGGUCCACGCCCUCGAGGAGUGUCACUCUGCCGGUCUCCUACCCCGCCUCACAGGCAAAUGCAAUGACAUCAAGCAACAGCUCAACCUCUGUCUUCGUGAGGAGCGUAUAGAGCGGACGGGGAGGAAUGCGGAAAAGGCAAAGGAGAGACAGAAGGAGGUGAAGAAGGUUUGGAGUGAGAUUGAGCAGGAGGGUUAGAGUAAGAUUGAAGAGGAAGGAGGAAGAGAGGGCUGGGAGCUAUGGGAUAAGCAGGCGAUUUGAGAGAG